UAUACUCUGUGAAUCACAUGUGAGUAAGUGUGCAGCAGCAUGCACAGCGUGUACAGACCUGCAGCAGGACAGGAGUUAAAAAGCAGCUUCCUGCAGCUCUGAGGACAUUUGACACUGAUCUGCUUUUCACACACUAUGACGAGCAGCAGCAGCAGCUGGAUUUCACUCUGCGGGGUUUUGGCUGCAGUUUGUGCCGUCCAGGCGGCGUUCACGCACUAUGAAACGGCGCACUGUGAGUGCAAUGGCAGAUCUCCGUACUGCCUUCGUGACGCCUUGGGUCUGCACUGCGUUGACUGUCAGGGAAACACCAUGGGCCGCCACUGUGAGCGCUGCAAGGCCGGCUUCUACCAGGAAGAGGCAGGGCUGAGCUGCACGCCCUGCCGCUGCAACCCCACCGGUUCUGUCAGUUCCACGUGUGACAGCAGGGGGCGCUGCAGCUGUAAACAAGGCGUCACCGGAGACAAAUGCGACCGCUGCCCCGACGGCCCUAUUGGACUAAAUGGCUGCUCGCAAAGACGUCAGCUCAGAGAGGAUCCUGCGAGUCUGACUCUGCCUUGUUUCUGUUACGGCCACAGCAGCCGUUGCUCUGCACAGUCCGGUUACUCCGUCCACAGCAUCACCUCCACCUUCACUGAUGGUACAGAAGGGUGGACAGUAGCAACAGCUCAGGGCGUUGCCCCCGAUGCCGUGUACUUUCGCUGGUCGCCAACACACCAGGACCUGGAGGUGAUCUCUAAAAGCAGCCUGCCGGUUUACCUGUACGCCCCAGCUCCUUAUCUGGGGAACCAGUUGCUGAGUUAUGGUCAGAACCUCUCCUUCUCUUUGCGUCUGGACCGUGAGAUCCGACACCCGUCCACCAACGACGUGAUCCUGGAAGGUGCUGGUCUGCGUGUCUCCACCUCGAUGGGUGAUCUGCGAUCCCCCGUCCCCUGUGGGCAGAAAAUCAACUACAGCUUCAGACUGGACGAGCAGCCUGGCAGCAGGUGGACUCCGCAGCUCUCCUCCUUCCAGUUCCAGACACUCCUCCAGAACCUCACCGCCAUCAAGAUCCGUGCAACAUUUGGUGAAAAUGGACGUGGUUACCUUGACAACGUGCAACUGGUGUCGGCGCAGCGUGGAGACGGUGUCCCGGCCCGCUGGGUUCACACCUGCAACUGUCCUCGGGGAUAUGAGGGUGACUUCUGCGAGCGAUGCACUGCGGGGUUCAGACGCAGGUUCCCUGCAGAUGGAGCCUUCAGCACCUGUGAGCCCUGCAGCUGCCAGGGAGGGAGCUGCGACUGGCAGACCGGAGACUGUUACUCUGCUGAUGAAGAACGGAGCUGCUCCGAGGGGUUUUACCGACACCCCUGGCAGCCUCAGACUUGUGUGAAGUGUCCCUGCCCGGAGGGAGUGACCUGCUCUCUGGCUGCUGGCUCACUGGAACCCCGCUGUGACCGCUGCCCUCCAGGGACCACUGGUCUUCGCUGUGACAUCUGUCGGGAGGGAUUUUACGGUGACCCGGCAGGGGCCACCGGGGUACAGAGACCCUGCCGGCCCUGCCAGUGUAAUGGCCACAUCGAUGUCAGCGUGGCGGGGAGCUGCGAUCGUAGCAGCGGUGAAUGUCUCAAGUGUCUAAACCACACGAUGGGAGGGAGCUGUGAGGCCUGUCUGACAGGGUUCUACCAUAGCAGGAGCACCGAGGCCUGCACACCCUGUAACUGUGACGUUCAGGGCUCCGAGUCUGAACAGUGUGAUGAUUUUGGUCACUGUCGGUGCAGAGCAGGCUUCGAGGGUCUGAGGUGUCAGCGAUCCAACUGCCCUGCCUGUUUUGGCCCCGUCAAGACAAAGAUGGGAGCUUACACUGUCAGACUGAAGGAGCUGGAGUCACAAUUCUCCGACAUGGACGGAGGUUUGAGACCAGUCAGCGGUGCUGACAUAGAGGCUGCCCUGAGAGCCACCGAGAAGCUGGUGAAAACCCUACAGGACGACACCGAGCAGCUCUUAGAAAUGGAGAAGAGCCUGCAGAGGCGUCUGUCGUCCAUCAGCAGGAGACAGCUGGAGGACGGACAGGACAUCCAAAACAUUGGCGACACAGUGGACGACAUCAAACAGCAACACAAAACAUAUGAAACAAAGGCGGCAGAGGUCCAGACUCUGAUGGAGGAGAUGAAACGCAAGCUGGAGGAGGCCAAGACCAGCCUCCGAUCAGCUGAAUUACCACAGGGAGAUGCUGUUCUGGGUCCAAACUUAUUCUCAUUGCUGCAGACAGCUACGAGUCUGGCUGAUAAGCAUCAAACGAAGGCAGACGCCGUGGAGCGAACUGCCAACGAAGCUCUGAGCGACUCGGAGAAAAGCCUGGCUCUGGUCCGAAAUCUCAUGAACAAAGAGAACAAGGUCAAGGGGCUGAUCGGAGAUCUGAAAACCACGUAUGAUCAGGCUGCAGACCAGGUGAAGAGUUUGGAGAACCAGGCAAUCCGUGUGAGCGGUGAGGCCAGAGAUGAGAGCAAAAUGGCAAACGGCAUGUUGAAAAGCAUCGUGGACAUGGAGCGAAACAUCCCACUAUUCCUGACGGGGGAGAUGGAUGCCAUGGUUUCAAGGAUGGAUGGCAUAAAUGGGGUGGUGGACAAGACCAUCUCAGGCAUUGACGCACUGCAGGACAGCAUGCAGCAAGAUAAGGCCACCGCCACCGACCUGCUGGCCAAGUCCAAGGUUGCCCAGCAGGAUUUCAACAAGCUGCUGGGCAGAGUCAAUGUGGCCAAGGCCGACACUGAGGGCACUCUGCAACGCAUCAACAGCAACACCAAAGAGCUGGACGAUGCCCUCAACACACUGAGAGGGUUUGACCAGCAGAUUGAAGGCAGCAGAGCUCUGGCUGACGCCGCCAUCAAGCGCCUUCCUGGUAUCAAUGGUACCAUCCAGCAGGCUGUUGGCAACAAUUUUGACACAAACUCCAUGCUGAAAACGGUGAACAAGGAUUUCAACGGUGCUAAGGCAACCAUCAACCUACUGGAGAACGCAGUCACUGAACUGGAGGGGACAUUUGGAUCUUUGCCCUCCUACACCGGUCUGGUGAAUGAAGCCACCACACUGAAUAAGGAGGCGAUGCUUAUGAUGACGAAGGCAACUGAUACAGCAGGAAACCUGAACUUGGAACUGGGCAGAGCUAACAGGCUGGAGGCUGAUGCUGAGCAGGCUGCUGCUGGAGCCACUGCAGCUUUCAGCAACGCCAAACUGGCCAAAGACGCCGUGGGAAAAACACUGCAGGACAUCAACAGUUUCCUGGCUAACAUGAACCAGACAGGUGUUGUGGAUGAGAAGCGUCUGAAACAGCUGGAGGACUCCCUGGCCGGUGCUCAGAGGGAGGUGGAGGGCCGCCUGACGCCUCGGUUCAGGGCCAUGGUGGAUCAGGAGGCCACCAUGCGCCGCCGGCUGACCGUCAUCAACCGGGACAUUGACACUAUCCUGAGAGACAUCGCUAACCUGGACGACAUCAUGUUGGCCAUCCCCGCCGGCUGCUACAACAAUCCCCCUAUCGAGGAGGCCUGAGCACUGCUACCUGUUGCCAGGUUCUGGGUCUAUAAGUCCAAGUCCACAACAGCACUUCACCUACUGUGUCCUAUAAAGCAACAGGCGAUAUGAAAUCACUGUGUUCCACUGAGCAGUUUUAAACACCAGGUCUGGGUGACUGACCUGUCGAUCAACUAAUAAUCAUAAUAGUGAAAACCUUUAUAGCAUCUUCCUUAGCGAAAAUUGUCAGAUGAAAAAGAUGAACCAAUUUGAAAUAUUUAUUAAUGAUAAGCCAUAAAUAUAUUAGGUUCAAAGAAUUUUCUGCAAAGAAUAUAUGAGACAAAAUUUAACUAAAAGCACAGGAGAAGUAAAAAAAAAAAAAAAAAUCCACGAACUUUUUAGUUUAAAAACCAAACCUGGAAAGAAGACCGGCUGCAAACAUGUGGUAUUUGUAAAAACCAGGAUCACUGGUAAAAACAGGUAAAUUUAAAGUGGUGUUUUUGUUGCAGAAACAAGCGACACAACAGCUGAUUCUGCUGCGAACCAGCAGAUCAGUGGAUGAUACUGUGCAUAUGAAACUAUAUUGAUCAUGUUGACGAUUUUGAUAAUGUGUGUGAAAAUAUUCUAUUUAUAACUGUACAUACACUUUCAGUUUUUAUAUCUUUUUAAAUCAAGUUUUUCUGUUUAUUCUUCUGUGUUGAGUCAUUAAUAUCAACUCUUUUCAAAUAAAGCUGCUGCACAUUUCCUGAGGUAAAACUUGUCUUCACUUUAAUAUUUAUGUAAAUGUGUGUUCUUCUAGAUUUAUAUAGAAAGCAUAUUUUAACUAGUAUGAAAGCAAAAUCCUGCUAAAUGAAUACAAAGUAAAAUCUUAGAAUUAUACACAAUAAUGUUAAAAUAACUUUGAAAUGAAGUUGACAUUAGGGCUGUACACAACAGUUCUUUUCUUUAUCCAUUAAUUUGAUUAUAUGUGACUAAUGAUUGAGUGUGGAAUGAAUGUCAAAAAGGAGGAAAAAAUCCCACCUUAAAAUCUGCAAAUCCAGACGUCGUAGAAGCCGAGAGGACAUUUUUUAAACUUAAUCUGUUAAUGAUCAGAAUAAUUUUCAGUUUUAUAAAAUUAUAGUUUAGUUAUUUUACCUUAAUAAAUAAUUUCCUUUUGACUUCAAGCAAACUGAAGAUAAAAUUAAAUCUCAGUCCUUCGCUGGAGCCAGAGAGGACACUGGGCUGUGGUAUUUAAUGUCGUUAUAACAGUAUGAAAUUUAUAAUUUUGCAGGCAAUGAAACAAAACUGUCCACUUAAUAUUCAUCAUACUUUUUUUGUUGCCCUUUUUGUUUUCUUUGUACUUUUGCAUAACCAGAGAAAUGGCCCUAGAGGUUUACAACUUCUAGCACCCUUGACAGUCAGCUGUGACCUGGCUUGACUCACUGGAUUAAGAAACAUCUGAAAUGUGAACAGGAGCGACAAUUACAAAAACCACACAAAUAUAAGACUCCGCACUCAGCAUGGACGUCUAGAUUUUACUUCUUUACUAAGCUACACACAUACUUGCGAAUGCCUUUUGUAUUGCAGCUCCAGUCUUGCUCACCUGUGACAGGUGUGUGUUUUAAAGGUUCUCAUGACUCAACGGCCAUUGGUCAGCCGCCAACCACAUGACACACACCAAUCAUUUCAAAUACACAAUAUAAUGUUGAACACACGGUGCAGGUAAUGUGAUAAUUUGGGUUGAUCCAUCUGUCUUGCAUACUGCAGAUUUUCCACCGGGUAACACAAAAUGUUAGUAAAUGUUUUAGAUACUCUUUUGUAUAAUGGUGAUUGUUAUGAAGUUUUGUCUAAGUAUAUUGUCCAUUUGAUUGGUGUAUGGUUACAGAUCAUGAGAUGAGCAAGCCUGCAUAAGCUGUAAUGUAAAACCUGUUGCUUGUAAAAGGUUUCAUUUGUAGACACCCCUGGUGUGCACUGGAGUUUUAUAUUUCUGGGAUAUUUGAGAAUCCUGCUUCUCUUUGGUAACCAGUUGGAUGGAUGAGCAGUCUACGUUGUCUCGGGCUGUGCACAGGAAGCUCACCUUAGCUCCUGCAAUGCAAAAUGUUGCAUUAACUGCUAAAAUCAUGCUUAUAAUCAUUAUAAAUAUACAUAAACACAAAUAUGUAAUAAUAAACAAAACAUGAGUCAGGACAUUAGACUAAAUUAAUAUCUAGUUCUAUAAAUCUUUAAGCAUCAGUAAAAAAAAAAAAAAAUCCCUGUCUUGACUUGUAAACAGUUGUGCUGAGAAACCCACACCAGACACACACAUUAAUAAAAAUGACACAUUGUUUUUCAGUGCAUCACAGUUUACAAUCAAAAGAAUUCAGAACAUCAGAAGUUAGAAUAAUACAGAAAACCAGAUCCACUGUCAGUGACGUGGUGCAGUUCAGACCCACUCACACACAGAAAACAUGAAACCAAGCAAACAAAAGUGCGUUUUUGCAUGGCGGCGGCGCUAACCUUCAGCCCGGACACACUUACAGAGCCAAUAGAAAAUGAACAGGCAUGGCUGAUGACGGUCCUCGCUGUAUAUUAUUAUAACAUAUUUACUUAGUUUUUUUUGCAAACACGUUCACAAGAGAUUAUAACCUACCAAGUGAUAAACAUUCAUGCCAGAACUAAACUGUCUACGCAUGCAGCCUAAGAAGAGCGAACAGGAAGAGGAAACGAAACAACCUCUGCACUCCACAACAACAACACUGCUGCUGAGGAUUUGUUUUUAAAAAAGUUCAUCAUUAAUGUAUGUUUAGCUCUGAUUAGCACAGUGGUUAAAACUGUUCUGUCAUGUCUACUGAUAAUGUUUUAGAGUGACAUAUCACAACCCAACCACAGCUGACACCAUCUAUGUGGCCAACAAUGGACCUCACGCAAGAGCACUGUGAUUUUUCAACAUGUCAAAUCAGUCUGUAAACUGUGGAGUUUACUUGUAAACAAACUGUUUCUGCUUACAUUCUGUUUCACACCAAAAUCUCUGUGUGCAUCCCUGACACCUAACAGAUAACCCAACAUAUUUCCCCCUCAUGAGAAGUCCAUCCAUCUAUCGAUUAUCGAUACCACUUAUUCCUGAAUAGGGUAGUGGGGGGCUGGAGCCAAUCCCAGCUGACACUGGGCGAGAGGCGGGGUCCA